GAGCCGCUCUGAGCAUGCGCACUGCAUCGGCUCUAUGGGGACGGGGAGGACAUCACGGAAAACGCAGCAGCAGCAGCAGCAGCACCGCAAGCCCCACGCACAGAUUUCACCUCGCCGCUGCGCCAAAACCCGCGACACGCACGCGGCCCACGACUAUGCGCGGCGCGGCGCGGCGCUGCGGGACGACCGCUUGACGGGCCUGGACGGGGUCCGUCUGCCGGGGGGGGGGAUCUGAUUCUUCUUAUGGGAGCAGCAUGCGGGAAAUGGUCGGAGGUUGCUGCGUGUGUUCCGACGAGCGGGGCUGGGCGGAGAACCCGCUGGUGUACUGCGACGGACACGGCUGCAGCGUGGCCGUCCACCAAGCAUGCUACGGUAUCGUCCAGGUGCCCACCGGCCCGUGGUUCUGUCGGAAGUGUGAGUCACAGGAGCGAGCGGCGCGAGUGAGAUGUGAACUCUGUCCCCAUAAAGACGGCGCCCUCAAGAGGACAGACAGUGGAGGCUGGGCUCAUGUGGUGUGUGCGCUCUACAUCCCCGAGGUGCAGUUCGCCAACGUCCUCACCAUGGAGCCCAUCAUCCUGCAGUACGUCCCGCAUGAGAGAUACAUCAAGACGUGCUACAUCUGUGAGGACCACGGCCGGGAGAGCAAGGCGGCCUGCGGCGCCUGCAUGACCUGCAACAGGCAGGGCUGCAGGCAGGCCUUCCACGUCACCUGUGCUCAGAUGGCCGGCCUCCUGUGUGAAGAAGAAGGUCCUGAAGCUGACAAUGUGAAAUACUGCGGCUACUGCAAGCAUCACUACAACAAGAUGCAGAAGAAGUUGCGCUCCACGGAGAACUCCAGCAGCUCCUUCAGCCACUCCAGAGGCCGCUCCAGCUCGCCCUCUCAGGACAAGCAGCACCACCACCACCGGCAGAGGAAGAGCCAUAAAGACAAGAUCCGGCAAAAAGAGCGUCACAAGAAGUCCUCCGACAGCCUGAGCUCCUCCGUCACCUCCAGCAGCAUAGAGAAGAUCUCCUCCAGCCACCACGGCAGCAGCAGUAAGGACGGCGAGGGAAAGUCCAAGAAGCUGAGCUCUCACAGUCACAGUCACCGCAGCAAGAAGACGGGAAGCACCGGGAAGAGCUGCUCGUCCUCGUCCUGCUCGUCCAGCCCCUUCAACACCGGCGGCUCGCUGUCCUCCACCCAGGAUUUCCAUCAGUUCUCCACCUCUUCCCGCCUGGAUCGUGACCACGACCGAGGAGGUGACGACCACAGCGGCGAGGAGCGCAAGGAGCGCCACCGGAGGCAGGCGGUCCUCCAGGACGAGGACGAGGAGGACGACAAGGAGGACAAAGACGAGGAGGAGGAUGAAGAGGAGGACGAGGACUGUAAAUAUCACAAGCCGCCGGCGUUGACGCCCGCCGACGGGCCGCUGGCGGGGUCGCAGGGUCACGACAGGUCGGAGGGCACCUCCAGCCCGUUUGAGAACAAGGUGACCAUCUCCACCUUCGGCUCCAUCAUGCGCAUCACGUCGUCCUCCGGGCUGGGCGGCGGCAAGAUCCGCAAGAUCUCGGCGCCGGGGGACUACAAGUCGUCCAAGUCGCUUUGCAAGCCGUCCCAGCUCAGCACGCCGCCCAUCCUGGAGGAGGCGGAGCCCGAGCGCUCGGCCACGCCCCCCGCGCUGCCCCGCGAGAGGAGGCACCGCGGCGGCAAGAAGAGCCGCCACGGGCCGGGCCGCCCGCGGGGCAGCAAGAACCGCGACAGGAGGGCGGAGGAGGACCACCACCACCACCACCACCACCACCCGGCAGCCCCGCCUCCUCCUCCACCUCCCUCACUCACCUCCUCCUCUCUGUACCCCAGCCCCUCCCCCAUGCCCCACCCCGCCUUCCCCUCCACACUGCCGCCCUCCACCACAGCCUCCACCUCCUCCUCCGCCUCCUCCUCCGCCUCCUCCACCUCCACCUCCUCCGCUGGGAGCUUUUCUACGAGUCGCGGCAACUCGCUGCUCGGCUCUGGGAUCUACUCCGGCCUGAAGGAGCCCCUCUCCCUGGGCGGAGGCGUGUGCAGCACCGCCCUGUCGCUGGGCGGAGGCGUGUGCAGCACCGCCCUCUCCUCAGGACUGCUGUCGUCCCACACCGCCUCGCUCUCGCUUCCUGCGGCCAGCGCCGCCUCGAACACACAGGUGUCCUACGGCCUGACGUCCUCGCAGACCUUCUCCAGCGGUCUGUCCACGGCCGCCUCGCUGCCGCCGCUGCUGAGCCAAAGCCAGACCUCACUGCCAGGUGAGAGGAAGAGCGAGGUCAGAGAGACGGAGCUGGAUGACUGCCGCUUCCCGUGUCCGGGGAACUCGCCCAGAGAGAGUCUGUCCUCACAGUCUCCCAUGAGCUGCCUGCCCCUGCUGUUCGACCAGCGGGACUGGCUGGGCCCCGGGGCCGGGGUCCGGGCCCGGCCCGAGAACGUCCCCCCGGCCAGCUCCCACAUCGAGCUCCUGCUGGAGAAGCACGGCAACGGCGAGAUGGGCGUGAACAUCGUGGAGAUGCUGCAGUCGCUCCACUCGCUCCAGCAGGAGAACCAGCGUCUGCAGGACCAGAUCCUCAGCCUGACGGCCAAGAAGGAGCGUCUGCAGCUGCUCAACAGCGAGCUGGCCACGCCCUUCCCGCCGCACGCCGCGCUGCACGCCUCCGCCCACAUCAACUUCCUGUCAUCCACCCAAGACCUCCUGAGCUCCAGUAAGAGUCCUCUGUCCAAAAGCUGCUUCCUGAACGACACGUCCUUCGUUACCUCGUCCGAGGAGCUUCACUCCGGCAGUCCGUCCCGCAGCAGCUCCUCCCUGUCCUUCCAGAGCACCCCGCCCCCCCAGCAGAGCCCCGCCUCCUUCGGCCAGCCGCUGCUCAACGGGCUGAGCCGCGGGCCGGGCGACGGGCCGGGCGCGGCCGGGCAGGCGGGCGGGCUCGCGGCGUCGCUGGGGGGCGGCCCUCAGCUGAACGGCGUGCUGGGCGGCCUGAACGGCGUGAUCCAGUCCCCGGCGCAGAACGCCGCUCAGCCCGCGCUGCCGGCGCUCCGGCCGCAGCCGCCGCCUCUCAGCGCCCAGACGCUGGCGCAGGGGUUCCAGCUGCCCAAGAGCAUGAGCCCGUCGUCCCUCCUGUCAGAGCAGCAGAAGCAGCUUCUCCUGGAGCAGCAGCAGCUUCAACAGUUUCUCUCCUCACAAAACUUCACUCCGGAGCAGCAGGUGGUGGUGGUGUGCCAGAUGCUGCAGCAGCAGCGGCAGAGGGAGCUGCAGCGCCUCACCCUGUCCGGAGCUCUGGCCUCCAGCCCCAACUCGCCGCUGGUGGCCCAGUCGCCCGGCCUGCUGUCCUCGGCCACCGCCUCGCCGCUGCAGGGCUCUCAGGGAGGCGGCCUGUUCGGCCUGCAGGACAACCCGCUGCACAAGCCGGGGGCUGCAGGAGAGAAGAACGGAGACAAAAACGGCUGAGGAGAGCCGGAGGAGGAGCCCCGGCGGAACGCCGUCCCGCCGCCUCCUUCGCCGUACCGUUUCUGAAUGUAUAACAGGACUUAAGACGUGGAGGUGAAGUUUUGGUGUUUUCUCGUACGGAGGUUCUUCUCAUAGGGUUUUUUGUUGUAGUUGUGUGUAGGCAGCUUUCAGAGAGCAUGGAUACACUGCUCUCUUCUUAAAUUGCACUAAUUUGUUAGCUCGACCAGCGGGGCUGCUCGUGAAGGCCGAGCUGGUCCUGCAGGAGCUUUUGGGUUUGCGGUCUGAACUCCGGGUCGGAGCGUCGCCUUUGACUUCCUCUCACGCACUGACCGUCUGUGAAUCCCCGCCACAAACAGACUUCUGCCACUUCUGCAACCUCAACCGUCUUCCUGGAUAUUCCGUCUUCCCUCUGUGUUCGCUCCCGCCGCCGUGUCUCUUCUCUUGAAGCGUGGUCGAUGGCACGUCAACAUUAAGCUAGUGAUUACCUCAGAUUUUCUGCCACCUUUUCUACGUUGUUGACGUUCCGCUUUGCCACAACAGCCUUUCCUGGUGGUGGACGCGCCCGUUUCCAGCGGUGGGUUCACUAUGAGGGUCCGUGUCCACACGUCUGUCCUCAGCACACACUUCGGGACAAAAAUCCAUCCUCCAUUAUAUUCAGCACGUUUCAUUCACGAUUAACAUGAACGCUUCAUCAGGCGUGGGAUUCCUCCAGGUACGCUGUUUUCCUCCCACAGAGCUGCCCUGGGUGUUAGAGGAGGAAGAUGCUCUAUAAUCUGGAUAUCAGAGGAGGAAAAUGCUCUAUAAUCUGGAUGUUAGAGGAGGAAG